UACUGAUCAUGAUAAGAAGAUGCAUCCCGAAAAAGAAGUGUGUUGUAAUGCUACCCGUAACGGUAAACAGCUGGGGCAUCGGCGGAUGAGAGCUUGUCCUUUUUGUCACGUCGCUUGGACUUUGAAGCGGCUGCCGUCAAAACGAAAAUCGUUCAAAACUUUCAACCAUGGCUCUUAUGCUCUAUCCACAUUCCACUAGAUCAUUUUUUCAAAUUAGUAAACUAGUUUCCUUUAAGAAUAUUUCAUGCCGAUUUGCCUCACACUAUCCCAUUGAUGAGAAGAUAUUUGGAUUAAAUUCUGAUCAACUUCAACUCAGGGAAACUGUUUUUAACUUCGCUCAGAAAGAGUUAGCACCGAAAGCAGCAGAAAUCGACAAAACUAAUAACUUUGCAGAUCUAAGGAAAUUCUGGCGUCAACUGGGUGACCUCGGUGCAUUGGGCAUUACUGUCAAAUCCAAGUAUGGAGGAAGUGAUGGAGGUUACCUUGAUCAUGUUGUAAUUAUGGAGGAACUCAGUCGUGCUAGUGGCUCAAUUGCUCUGAGCUAUGGAGCUCAUUCUAACUUAUGCGUGAACCAAAUUCAUCGUAAUGGAUCAGAAGAACAGAAGAUGAAGUACUUGCCUAAGCUAUGCUCCGGAGAAUUUUUUGGUGCCUUAGCAAUGUCAGAACCUGGUUCUGGGUCUGAUGUAGUAUCAAUGAAAUUAAGAGCAGACAAAAAAGGAGAUAGCUAUGUGCUCAAUGGAAAUAAAUUCUGGAUCACUAAUGGUCCUGAUGCUGAUGUUCUUGUUGUAUAUGCAAAGACUGAUACCAAGACUGACAAACCUCAACAUGGAAUUACUGCAUUCCUUGUUGAAAAGGGAACAGAAGGAUUUAGCACUGCACAAAAACUCGACAAACUGGGAAUGCGUGGUUCUAACACAUGUGAACUUGUUUUCCAAGAUUGUGUUAUUCCAGAGAAAAAUAUUCUUGGAGGACUCAACAAAGGUGUAUAUGUUUUAAUGAGUGGUUUGGAUCUUGAACGUCUUGUGCUUGCCGCUGGGCCUCUUGGAAUCAUGCAAGCAUGUUGUGAUACAACUUUUUCAUAUGUUCAUGACCGGAAGCAAUUUGGAAAGCGCAUUGGAGAAUUCCAGCUUAUCCAAGGAAAACUAGCUGAUAUGUACACUACUCUUAGUGCAAGCCGAAGCUAUCUUUACUGUGUUGCCAAAGCAUGUGAUCAGGGCAGUGUCAAUCGGAAGGAUUGUGCAGGAGUUAUCCUCUAUUUAGCUGAGAAGGCAACUCUAAUGGCUCUUGAUGCUAUUCAAUGCCUGGGUGGAAAUGGUUAUAUUAAUGACUAUCCUACUGGACGCUUGUUAAGAGAUGCUAAAUUGUAUGAAAUAGGGGCUGGUACAAGUGAGAUUCGACGUAUGAUAAUAGGACGUGCAUUAAAUGAAGAGUAUGAGUAAAGUACUAAGAAAUUGUUUCUUAGGAUUUAAUUCUUUUCUUAAUGUACCUUAAUGCACUGAACAGUUCAAAUUAUUACUUAAUGGAGAAUCUUUGUUAGCUAUGUAUGUCCUUGUCCUCUGUCUUUUCUGUGUAUUCUAAUUAUGUACCUGAAUAACACUUGUGUGAUAAAACAUUCCAUAAUUUACAAUCAACUAAAAUCAACUUUCCUCAAGAAUUUUUGUUAUCCCAUUAGUAUUCUGUGCUACAGAUUGCUUUGUGAUAUUGGGAAUACGUCUGUAUUUAUCUGUAUUUUGUUAUGAGCUAGAAGCUGCUGUGCAACAUAAAAAUUCUAUCAAUAA